AUGACGCAGCAAUACAAUACUAAAAGUGCCGGUGUGAGACGACUGAUGCAGGAGGCUAAGGAACUGCGCCAACCGACCGAAAUGUAUUUUGCCCAGCCGAUAGAAGACAACCUCUUCGAGUGGCAUUUCACCAUUCGCGGAACCAUUGGAACCGACUUUGAAGGGGGAAUUUAUCAUGGAAGAAUCAUGUUCCCAGCAGAAUAUCCCAUGAAACCUCCAAAUCUGAUUCUACUGACGCCGAAUGGUCGUUUUGAAUUAAACAAGAAAAUAUGCCUCUCAAUCUCAGGCUACCACCCGGAGACGUGGCUCCCUUCAUGGAGUAUUCGAACUGCACUUCUUGCAUUGAUUGGCUUUCUUCCUUCAACGCCAGGAGGAGCUCUUGGAAGUUUAGACUAUCCGCCAAAAGAGAGAAAUCGUCUUGCCAAAUUAAGCGGUGAUUGGAAGUGUAAGGAAUGCGGAUGCCUGAUGAAGGACGUUCUUCUACCGAUCACAGAAGACGGACAAUCCAAAGAAAGCGAGGAGGCAAAACAAUUGGCUGCAAAACUCAAAUUUCAAGAUGAAUCUGUUGUCAAAAAAGAAAUCACAGAAAACGGAAAAGCUAUUAAUAAUCCAGAGGGAACUGGGCAACCUACUGGAAGUGGUAAUUCUGAAAGAGAAACUCCGUCAGAGCCUUCUCAGUCAGCUCAAACUUUGACAGAAAAUUCAGUCGGGAGUCCGCAAAAUGCAAAUCACACUACUUCCGAAGUUGAAUCCCCAGUUGGACCACAAGUUCCAGCCCCGAUACCUGAGCAUUUCCACCAACCAGCCCGCCGAAUUGAAUCUAGCACUUUCGACUAUUAUCUCCUUAUCAAAAUUCCCCUCGCACUGCUUUGCAUUGCGAUUUUCCUCACGUUAGGAGCUCGCAGACUCCUCGUUGAAAACGGAAACCCAAGAAACGGUGAACCUGAGUUGUAA